AUGCCUCAACUUCCCGCCCGGCAAGGUGUAGCCGUCAUGCUAAAGCAGGGCCGGAGUCUUCAAGUCAUCAAUACGCAUGGAAAGCAAGUGGUCGACUUUUGGGCUUUCACUUGCAAAGAUGGUUAUGAAUAUCUGUCGACUAGUCAUACUCGAGCAAUGCUUUCAAGCAUCUCUUUACGCAAGGGAGACAAGUUAUACAGUUGUCGCCGCAAACCCAUCUUGACUCUUGUCGAUGACACGACCCCAGGCAUCCACGACUUACUCUUCCCCGCUUGCGAUGCUGAGCGCUAUCGCCAAUUGGGUGCUGUAGGGUAUCAUGACAGUUGCCAAGAUAACCUGCACAAAGCCCUGGCUGAGUUGCCGCAUAUCAGGCCCAGAGACGAUUGGGUCCCCGAUCCACUCAAUUUGUUCAUGAAUGUGGCUGUUGAUCAUCAUGGUGGAUUUGAUAUCCGUUCCCCGACUAGCGACAAGGGCCAGUAUGUCAUUCUGAGAGCUGAGGUUGAUCUUAUUGUCGUCAUGAGCGCGUGCCCUCAGGAUAUGGUCAAUGUUAACGGGGACGGCCCUGCUGAUUGCGAGUAUCGUGUUCUUGAGGAACCUAAAUAAACUGUGAUGUUGAGAAAAGAUUGGCUCCGAGUGGUAAUUCUAUUUCCUCUCUAUGUAGUCUACCACAUAAAGGCGUGGUAGAUUUAUCCAGAUUGGUCAUCUUGAGAUUUCCUAGAUACCAAAUUCUCCCUCA